AUGACAGCGGCGGUGGAAAUUAAUGAAACGGCAGCGGAAAUGGAAUUAAAAUUUUCUGUAUUUUUUAAAGUUGUAAGUUUUUAAUAACAACACAAUAUUUAAUUUACAGCAGGAAUUAUUUACUUAUUACAAAAGUUACUUUAAUGUUUCGAAUCCGCGACUCAUCAUCAGAAUAAAUAUACCAUAUACACUCUAGAUAGAGAUACUUUGAUGUUACAUUUACACUGUACGUAUUAGGUUGAGGAAAAAGUUCGUGCGCCGUGUUAAAAUAAUGAUUUUUUAUGCAUGAAUUUAUUCAAAAACAACAACAACUAUUCUUCAAAAUAAAGACCGUCAUUGUCCACGACC